AUGUAUUGCUGGGGACUCAGUGGGGGAAUGGGAAAAGCAGUCGCAUGCGUUGAAAGUCUGAAGUCUUCAUGGGCUGCCACUACUGCUUCUGAAACAGCCUCUUGUUCCGACUUCUCCCUCUUCCAGUUCUCCCGAAUCUUUUCACAUGCAGCAGAUACGACUGUAGACGGAUUCAUUGUAAAAUCGCUGUCUAACUUUUCUAUCGUCUUCCUUCAACGACAGAAAAAACCGGCAAUCGUUAUAAUUCUCUCCAAGGACCCGCCCAUAGACAGAAUUCCCUCAAACCCGAUUCCGCCUCCAGGUUCCGAUACCCAAUCCAGCGAAGUACCUGUUCGCAGUCGACGGCAGAGCAAGCACCUGAAGAAGAAGCGUCGAAACCAGGACGACUCGGCCUUGUCCUUUAUUCCACACAAAAAGGCAAAAUUGAAGAAGAGCAAACAACCUGCAGUGGAGUCCAAGAGUACCGAUGCUCCGGCGGAGGAAGUGGACGGGGUCCUCAGUUUUUGCCAUCGCUUGGUGCCAGCUAACAAGACUUCAAAGGCUGCAGUGGAACUACUGUUUAGUAGCUGUGACCUCUCGACGUAG